AGGCUCCAGUACUCUUUGAAGGAGGAACAAAGUGAUCCUGGUUCUGAAAUAGUGACGCGUUACCAUCCCGGGUCCUCCUCUAUAUCCGUCCCCAUGGCAACACCAUCAGGCUGACGUCACAGCUCCAUUGUCCUCAUGCUGCUGCUAACAGGCUAACAGGGGAGCUGCUGCUAACAGGCUAACAGGAGAGAAAACACACACAGAUGGACCGCAGUGUGAAGCGACGGCAGGUGAAGCCCCUGGCGGCCUCCCUGUUGGACGCCUUGGAUUAUGACAGCUCCGACGACAGUGACUUUGAAGUGGGAGACGCCACAGGAUCGGACGGCACAGGAAACGGCAGCGAUGAGGAAGGAUCCAAAGCGAGCGCAGCCGGCUCAGAGAGCGACUCGGACAACGCCGGCUCUGCAGACGACGCCAUAGACGAGGACGAGGCUAAAGACCUGGCCGCGGACGAGACCCUCACGGAGGACGAGGAGAAGUCCAAACCGCCGCCUUCCUCGGACGGCUCCACCAAAGACGCCCCCGCCGCCCCCCCGGCCAAAAGCAGACGCAAGAGCAAGAAGACGUCCGAGCCGGAGCCGGAGCCUGAACCCGCCGCCGCCGAAACUGAAUCCACGUCCGGCAACACGGAGGAGUCUCAGUCCGAGCCAAAGAAGUGGAACUUCCGGAGGAACCGGCCGCUGCUGGACUUCACCAGCAUGGAGGAGCUGAACGAGAUGGACGACUACGACAGCGAGGACGACAAUGACUGGAGACCCAGCGCCGGCAAGAAGAAGGGGAAGGCUGGGGGUCAGAAGGGAGGAAGCGACGAGGGCGGGGAGGGCGGCAGCGCUAGUGACGACGAUGAUGAUGAUGACGAUGAUAACGACGACGAUGAUGAUGAUGACGAUGAUGACGAGGACAAGGAGGAUGGGGAGGAGAACAAUAACAACAACAACAACACCAGCAGUGACAGCGACAAAGACGUGAAGAAGCCCAAGAAGAAGACAAAGAGCAGCAGCGCCUUCGAUGAAGAACUGACCAAUGACAGCAUGUCUCAGGAGAAGGGCAACGAGAUUUCCCAGGAUGCUUUGCUGGACCGCACCCAGACCUGGACGGCACAGCACAUCCUGAUCUGCUGCGUCUGUCUGGGAGACAACAGCGAGGACGCCGACGAGAUCAUCCAGUGCGACAACUGCGGGGUGACCGUGCAUGAGGGAUGUUACGGCGUGGACGGCGAGAGCGACUCCAUCAUGAGCUCGGCCUCAGAGAACUCGACGGAGCCGUGGUUCUGCGACGCCUGUAAGAACGGAGUGACGCCCAGCUGCGAGCUUUGCCCGAACCAGGACGGCAUCUUCAAAGAGACGGACGCCGGGAGAUGGGUGCAUGUGGUUUGUGCACUCUACGUUCCCGGGGUGGCGUUCGGAGACAUCGAUAAGCUGCGACCGGUGACGCUCACAGAGAUGAAUUAUUCAAAAUAUGGAGCCAAGGAGUGCAGUUUCUGUGAGGACGCUCGCUUCGCCCGGACCGGGGUCUGCAUCAGCUGCGAUGCCGGGAUGUGUCGCUCGUAUUUCCACGUCACCUGUGCACAGAGGGAGGGGCUGCUGUCCGAGGCUGCUGCAGAGGAGGACAUCGCUGAUCCGUUCUUCGCGUACUGCAAACAGCAUGCAGACCGCUUUGACAGGAAGUGGAAGAGGAAGAACUACCUGGCCCUCCAGUCCUACUGUAAGGUGUCCCUGCAGGAGAGAGAGAAGCAGCUCACCCCUGAAGCCCAGAAAGUUGUGUUCCAGGCCCGGAUCACCACGCGCCUGCAGCAGUAUCGGGCCAAGGCGGAGCUCUCCAGAAACACCCGCCCUCAGGCCUGGGUGCCGCGGGAGAAGCUGCCGCGACCUCUGACCUCCAGCGCCUCGGCCAUCCGGAAGCUGAUGAGGAAGGCGGAGUUGAUGGGCAUCAGCACCGACAUCUUCCCCGUGGACACGUCCGACGCCAACGCCAGCAUGGACGGCCGCAGAAAACACAAGCAGCCCGCCCUCACUGCAGACUUCGUCAACUACUACAUGGAGCGGAACAUGCGCAUGAUCCAGAUCCAGGACAACAUCUCGGAGCAGAAGAGUCUGAAAGACAAGCUGGAGAGCGAGCAGGAGAAGCUGCAUGUGGAGUACAACAAGCUGUGUGAGUCUCUGGAGGAGCUGCUGAAUGUGAACGGAGAGCUGCGCAGUGAAGGCCAGGCCGUGUGGACUCUGCUUGGGGGCAUCCUGGGACAGAAACUGAACACCCCUGCUGUUCUGAAAGCCCCCAAAGAGAGGAAGCCCAGCAAGAAGGAGGGAGGAACAACAGGGAAGGCCUCCAGCCUGCCAGCUAUACUCUACAGCUGUGGCAUCUGCAAGAAGAACCAGGACCAACACCUGCUGGUUCUGUGUGACACCUGCAAGCUGUACUACCACCUGGGCUGCCUGGAGCCCCCCCUCACACGCAUGCCCAAGAAGACCAAGAACAGCUACUGGCAAUGCUCCGAAUGCGACCAGGCCAGCAGCGACGAGGCCGACAUCGCCAUGGAGACGCUGCCGGACGGCACCAAGAGGUCGCGGCGGCAAAUCAAAGGACCAAUCAAAUUCAUCCCUCAGGAGAUGUCUCCGGAGCCCAAGAAGCAUCAGAGAACCAGAGGUCAGAAGAGGAAGAGGGUUCCCCUCUGUGACGACAGAGACGAGAAAACUGAGGAACCGCUGCCACGGGAACGCCGGCAGAGGCAGUCGGCGCUGCAGAAAAAACCCAAAGCCGACGACACGAGGACGGAGUGCACGACCUGCAGCGGGCCGGGCGACAACGAGAACCUCGUCAGGUUGUGAGAGCCGGGGCAGACCCUCCCCUCCCGCGGGCUUAGAGACAGAGAGGGCCACAAAACGAGUCGAGUCAGGAGACGCCGUCACCAAACAUCGCCCGCCGCCGACCGUCCAGUGAACUCUUGAGCGCUCCGGGGCUCUGACUCCGCCGGACUCUUAACCAAGAAGCGCCUCUGAGUGUUUGUGUCCACAGCUCAGCAUCUAAACCGUUUAACACCCAGUAUGAAAUGAGCAAUGUAUGUUUUAAACCUCAAGUAACCAACACUAGUUAGGGUAGAAUUACACAAUAAUGGACUCAAGGGUCAAAGGAUGGAGUCCCGGUGUCUUUACUUUGUUAAUGUCAUGUGUUUACGUUAGAAAUAGCAUGUUAGACGGGACGGACCCAUCAGCUGCAGGGUGGAGAUCACUACGAUGGUUAGUACCCCCUGGAAUGGGUCUUGAAGACCACUGUAGAGGCAGAAGAAGAAGACCUUUGAGGGUAACACGUUGGUCCAAUGUUCUUCCUUUGCCACAAACUGAAUUUAUCUUAAUAAACAUCAGAAGCCUGCAGCUGAAAACCUGCUCUCUCUGCCCAAUGAGCCUUGGAGACCACUGAAGGUGCACCACAAUCCCCCUUUUACAACACCCUAAAUGUGACGUUCAAAGGAAGUAGUUCCUGCAACGUCUCUCCACUGCUGGAACUGAGUUGAAGACUUUCAGCUCGCGUCAGAAUCGCAUCUGAUUUAAGGUCUUCUGAUAACGCCUCUCCGAGCCUAAUGAGCCCUGAAGACCGCUGGAGAGGAACUGAAGAGCAGCUUUCUAAAACACGCUAAGGUCCCCCGCUCACACGAGCCUGAAGAUGUGUUGAGAUGUUUAAAGGUUAAAGCUCCUCCAAUGUUUCACAAUUUCUAGAAACUCUAAGGACUUUCAGCUCGACCCACAUCUCUUCUUCAUGUCCUCUCCAUCCUGAGUUAAAAUCUGCCUCUCUUAAUGGUACGAUGCUGGGUUUUCUGCCCUUUUUAACCCCCCAUCAGAACCAAUCAGAAUGCACUCAUCCACCGUCCAAUCAGCUCUCGCAGAUCUGAUGGCUGUCUUGUGUUGAAGGACCAGAGGAGUGGGGGUGCAUAGAGAGCCUCUCUCGUAGCAGUCAGUGAAUAGUUAGAGGUGUUAGAAGUGUCCCGUCCCCCCCCCCCCCUCACGUCACUCCUCAUGCAUGGCUGUGUCUAUCUAACCUGUACAGUAAGUGUGUGUCCCUGUAGAGUCUGAACGCCUGUGUGUGUGUGUGUGUGUACAGUAUUUAUUGAAGAGGCCAUAUACUUCCUGGUGCCUACGAAUGUGAUUUCUAUCUUACUGUGUCGUGAGCGGAGUUGAACUCUGACUGUUUUUAUGCAUUAUUAAACGUUCUGUUAACUGCCAAA